UUCCGGGCGGCGGCGCCACUCAAAAUGGCGGACGGAGGCGACGGAGUGGCAGCGGCGGGCGGCCGCGGCUCCGGCCCCCUGAAGACGGCGAUGUGGUGGGAUGAAAGAGUUGAUUUCCAGGCUGCUUUUUUACAAUGUUUGGCAAAGCAUGUGCCAAACAUUUACUCUUCAGAAAUGGAUCCCUUGCUGGAAAAGCAGGAAGAAUUGGUCCAGGUCACAAUAUUUUAUCCUUUGGAGAGGUGUUUGUUUGGAGAAGACCCAGACAUCUGCCUGGAGAAGCUGCGGCAAAGUGGAUCUUCUCAGCUCUGUGGGAAGGUGUUCAAAAGUGGAGAGACAACAUAUUCCUGCAGAGACUGUGCAAUUGAUCCAACUUGUGUGCUAUGUAUAGACUGCUUCCAGAAUAGCAUUCACAAGAACCACCGUUACAAGAUGCAUACUUCUACUGGAGGAGGGUUUUGUGACUGUGGAGAUACAGAAGCAUGGAAGGCUGGACCAUUUUGUACUAAACAUGAGCCUGGAGCAGCAAGUACUACACAAGAGAAUUCAGAAUGCCAGCUAAAUGAAGAGGUAAUGGCACAAGCCAGGAAGGUGUUCCCUUCUGUCAUACAAUAUAUUGCUGAUAUGACCAUCUGGAAAGAAGAGAAGGAACUGCCUCCAGAGCUCAUGACUAGGUGUGGAAUAUUGUCAGCAUUUUCUCAAGUGUUAAAACCUCCAUUCAGAUUUUUUUUUAACAUUAGAGAGAAGACUGAUAAUUACUACUGUGUCCUUUUCAAUGAUGAACAUCAUUCUUAUGACCAUGUCAUCUACAGUCUACAAAGGGCACUUGGCUGUGAAUUUGGAGAAGCCCAGUUACAUACUACAGCCAUAGAUAAAGAGGGUCGUAGGGUUGUUAAAGCAGGUCCUUAUGCAUCUUGUCAAGAAGCAAAGGAGGAGAUCAAGAGACACUCUGAGAAUGUUUCCCAACGACCACUUCAUGUGGAGGUUCUGCAUGCUGAUGUUGUGGCUCAUCAGAAAUUUGCUUUACGCCUAGGUUCCUGGUUAAACAAACUUAUGAGCUAUUCAAGUGACUUCCGUCAGAUCUUCUGUCAAAUAUGCCUCAAAGAAGAAGCUGACUAUGAAAAUCCUUGCUUCAUAAGCAUGUUGAUGCUUUGGGAUGCAAAACUUCAUAAAGGAGCAAGGAAGGUCCUUCAUGAACUUAUCUUCAGCAGUUUUUUCAUGGAAAUGGAGUACAAAAAACUUUUUGCUAUGGAAUUUGUGAAGUAUUAUAAGCUAUUGCAAAAAGAGUAUAUCAGUGAUGAUCAUGAAAGAAAUAUCUCAGUGACUGCACUCUCGGUUCAGAUGUUCACUGUGCCUACCCUGGCCCGCCAUCUUAUUGAAGAGCAGAAUGUAAUCACCACUAUCACAGAGACUCUUCUAGAAGUUCUGCCAGAGUAUCUGGACAAGAAUGACAAAUUCAACUUUCAGGGUUAUAGCCAGGACAAACUGGGCCGGGUGUAUGCAGUCAUAUGUGAUCUCAAGUAUAUCUUAAUUAGUAAGCCCACAGUUUGGACAGACAGACUGAAGGAAUGCUUUUUGGAAGGGUUCUGUUCAUUCCUGAGGAUUCUGACUUGUAUGCAGGGAAUGGAAGAGAUAAAGAGACAAAUUGGUCAACACAUCGAGGUAGACCCUGACUGGGAAGCAGCCAUUGCUAUCCAGAUGCAGCUGAAGAAUAUUCUUUUGAUGUUCCAAGAGUGGUGUGCUUGUGAUGAAGACCUUUUGCUAAAGGCUUACAAGGAGUGCCAUAGAGCUGUGAUGAGAUGCAGCACAAAUAGUCAUUCACGAGCAAAGACAUUUUUUCACUUAUGUGGCCACACGCUGGAAUACAGACCUUACAGAGUGUCUGUAGAUUCUGUUAGCAUACACUUGCCACUGUCCAGGACCCUUGCUGGUCUACAUGUAAGGUUAAGCAAGACUGGAGCCAUCUCAAGACUAAAUGAAUUUGUCUCUCCUAAAGAAUUCCAAGUGGAGCUGCUGAUAGACUAUCCUUUGCGCUGUCUUGCCUUGGUUGCUCAGGUUGCAGCAGACAUGUGGAGGAGGAAUGGGCUUUCCCUGAUAAGUCAGGUGUUCUAUUACCAGGAUGUUAAAUGUAGAGAAGAGAUGUAUGAUAAAGACAUCAUUAUGCUGCAGAUUGGUGCAUCUCUUAUGGAUCCGAAUCAUUUCCUUUUGAUGAUGCUUCAGAGAUAUGAACUUGCUGACGCCUUCAGGAAGAUCAUGCCCACUAAAGACCAGGAUUUGAUUAAGCAGUGUAAUACAUUAAUAGAGGAGAUGCUGCAGGUUCUCAUCUAUGUUGUAGGGGAAAGGUAUGUACCUGGAGUAAGUGAUGUAUCAAAAGAAGAUGUUGUUAUGAGAGAAAUCAUUCAUCUGCUUUGUAUUGAACCAAUGGCUCACAGUGCUAUUGCUAAAUCUUUGCCUGAGAAUGAAAACAAUGAAACUGGCUUGGAGAACGUAAUUGACAAAGUCGCCGUUUUUAAGAAACCAGGGGUGUCAGGCCAUGGAGUUUAUGAGCUGAAGGAUGAAUGUUUGAAGGAGUUCAAUAUGUUCUUUUAUCAUUACACCAAAACCCAACACAGCAAGGCUGAACAUACACAGAAGAAGAGAAGAAAACAAGAAAACAGAGAUGAAGCAUUACCACCUCCGCCUCCUCCAGAAUUCAGCCCUGCAUUCAGUAAUGUGGUAAAAAUUAUGAACUGUGAUGUCAUGAUGCAUAUCCUCAGGACCAUCCUUCAAAGAGCAGUAGAACUGGAGACCCACUUAUGGACAGAAGCUAUGAUCCAAAUGGUACUUCAUCUCCUUUCUCUGGGCUUGCUGGAAGAGAAACAGCAGCUAGGGAAGGCUCCAGAGGAAGAAGUGACCUUUGACUUCUAUCACAAAGCAUCAAGAAUGGGAAGCUCAGCCUUGAAUGCUGUGAACAUAGUGAUGCUUCUGGAAAAGCUGAAAGGAAUUCCUCAGUUAGAAGCACAGAAGGACAUGAUCAACUGGAUACUGCAGACAUUUGACACAGUGAAACGAUUGAGAGAGAAGUCCAGCUUUUCAACAGUAACCACUAUCUCAAGAUCAGAAGCUACAAAAGGUGAUGAGACCCAGAGCACUCAGGACAAAGAUAAGGCUGAGCGGAAAAGAAAGGCAGAAGCAGCCAGACUGCAUCGUCAGAAGAUAAUGGCCCAGAUGUCUGCCUUGCAGAAGAAUUUCAUUGAAACUCAUAAACUCCUGUAUGAAAACACACAGGAGGCGCAGGGAAGAGAGGAUUCCAUUAUGGAGGAAGAAAGCAUACCCAUAGCUAUUAAUCACUACAGAAUUGCCUUGGGUCCCAAACGAGGGCCAUCUGUUACAGAAAAGGAGGUGUUGACCUGUAUUCUUUGUCAAGAGGAACAAGAAGUGAGACUGGAGAAUACUGCAAUGGUACUAUCGGCCUGUGUCCAGAAAUCCACUGCCUUAACUCAGUACCGUGGGAAAACUCUUGAAGACUCAGAUGGUAUGCUUGAUCCUCUUUUCAUGCAUCCUGAUUUGUCAUGUGGAACUUAUACAGGAAGCUGUGGUCAUGUGAUGCAUGCAGCCUGCUGGCAGAAGUACUUUGAAGCCAUACAGUUGAGCUUUCGGCAGCGUCUCCAUGUUGAACAGAUUUUUGACUUGGAGAAUGGCGAGUACCUCUGCCCACUCUGCAAGUCUCUCUGCAACACUGUGAUUCCCAUUGUUCCUUUGCAGACUCAGAAAAUAAACAGUGAGGAUGCAGAGGCAAUAGCUCAAAUUCUGUCCCUAGCUAGGUGGUUGGAGAUUGUCAUGGCCAGGAUAUCAGGCUACACUGCAAACAUCACUAAAGAAGAAGAGCCUAAAAAUGCUCCAGCUGUAGUCAGUAGAGAAAAGGGGGACUCUGCUCUGGAUUUCCAUUCUAUCCUUAGUUUUGGAAUUCAGCCUUUAGCCAAAUACUCAAGAAGUAUUAAGGAGAUGCUGGUUCUUUUUGCCACCACCGUUUACAGAGUUGGAUUACAGGUUGCUCCCAGUGAAUCUGAUCCUCGUAUUCCUGUGACAACUUGGAGCACGUGUGCUUUUACUAUUCAAUGUAUAGAGAAUCUUCUGGAAGACGAGGGCAAACCUCUAUUAGGAGCACUACAAAACAGACAGCACAGUGGCCUUAAAGCAUUAGUGCAAUUUGCAGCUGCUCAGAGGACUACAGCACCACAAAGCUUGAUUCAGAAACAUCUGGUUCGUCUCCUAGCAGUUCUUCUGCCAGAUGUUAAAGUGGAAGACACACUGUCUCUUCUAGAUAUAGAUAUGUUUCAUGUUUUGGUAGGAUCUGUGUUAGCAUUCCCAUCUUUAUAUUGGGAGAAUGCUGUAGAUUUGCAACCUUCAUCUAUUAGCUCUUCCUAUAACCACCUUUACCUCUUCCAUUUGGUCACCAUGGCACACAUAACACAAAUCAUUCUCACCUCAACAACAGAAUCCUCCACUGCUCAAUCACAAGAUGACAGUGAGGAGGCUCGUACUGCUGAGGCUUUCUGUAAGGAAGUUUCCCAGUACACCAGUGGUUGCUUUAGUCAAAACACUCCAGGCUGGCAUAUAUGGGACUGUGUCAAGAAAGGCAUUACACCUUACCUUCGUUGUGCUGCUUUGUUUUUCCAUUAUUUGCUGGGGGUGCCUCCACCUGAGGAGCUGCUGGUAGUUUCUGAUGAAGGACAGUUGAAGGCACUUUGUAGUUAUCUCUCUCUUCCCACCAAUUUGUUCCUGCUUUACCAGGAAUAUUGGGAUACUGUAAACCCCUUGCUCCAAAGGUGGUGUGCUGACCCUGCUGUACUAAGUUAUCUGAAUGGGAAAAGCAUAGCAAUAAGGUACCCAAGGAAAAGAAAUAAUUUAAUAGAUCUUCCAGAAGACUACAGCUGCCUCCUCAAUCAAGCUUCUCAGUUUCGGUGCCCAAGAUCAUCUGAUGAUGAACAAAAGCAUCCAGCAUUGUGUUUGUUUUGUGGGGUUAUGCUAUGUUCCCAGAGAGCCUGCUGUCAGGAGUUAGUGAAUGGAGAGGAGCUAGGAGCCUGCAACUUUCAUGCUCUCCAUUGCGGAGCUGGAGUCUGUAUGUUCCUCAAAAUCAGAGAAUGCAAAGUUGUCUUGGUAGAAAGUAAAACCAGAGGCUGCUUUUAUCCUGCUCCCUACCUAGAUGAAUACGGAGAAACGGACCCAGGCCUGAAAAGAGGUAAUCCACUGCAUUUAUGUCAAGAACGUUACCGGAAACUCCAUCUGCUAUGGCAGCAACACUGCAUCAUAGAAGAGAUUGCCAGAAGCCAGGAAACCAAUCAGAUCUUCUUUGGAUUCAACUGGCAAAUGCUCUAACACCCAGUUCAUAAUAAAAUCUGUAACUAUGGGGGAAAAAGAGGAGGAUAGUAAAGAAUCUGCCCUCUAGAAGGAUUAUCCAGCUCAGACAUGGCUGAUGCAUUGAAGCAAAAUAAUUCUCAAUUCAUAGGGUUUACUCUACUAAGCGUCCUUCUCCCAUAACAAAAUCUGCAGCCUUUUAUCAUUGGUGACCAGUGUUGAAUAUUCUAGGGAAUCAUUUUCUGGGAAUUGUGAGCUCUAUAGAUAUUUUGAUGAGGGUAAAUUUUCCCUGUCCACCUCUGCACAUUUCUACUCCAAAAGCCCGAACUGUCACUCAAUGGCAUUGAAUAUACAGGUAGAAGUGUGAUCCUACAGAAGAACCAAUUAUGGGAAGCUGUUAAUGUUCCUAUAUGUAAUAAAAUAAGUAUAUAAGGUUUGACAUGCAGUGUCUGAUAUGGCUUCUAUUUGUCUUGAAAUGCCAGGAGUCUGUCUGGAAUUUAGGUAUAAUCCCUCCUUUCUCCUCCUUUCUGUCUGGGUUCCUAGUCCUAGUUUAGCAGGACAUAAACUGGCCUGGGUCUCUGGCAUACUAAAGGGGGAGUCAUACCAGGCCUCUAGUAGACCAUAGCAGCAGUCUCAGCAAGCGUUAGGCAGGGCAGCAAAAAAGCUGCAUCAUCCUAGAUCCUGGGAUGUAAUGGCAAAUGCUUUCUGAGGAAUAAAGUUCCCAGUAAUCCACCCUCCAAGAGAGGGUAUGAGGAGUGAUGUGCAUGGGAGCAUUUCUGUCUUGCCUGUUGCAUCAAAAAUUAAAAUCAUCUCUGCUUGUUGCAUUAUCAGAAUUGCAAUUUUAUAUAAUGUAGCUGCCCUCGGUAUAUGUUGAAGAGCAUUCUACAUACUACAGUUUCAAGAACUACCCUGUUUGGUUGGCAUGAUAAGCUUUUACUUUUGAAAUUGUACCCAGAAACAUCCACAUUCAACACAAGACUUGAUGAUGUAAUGCUACUUUUAUAGCACUCUGUUUAACCAUCCUCCAGCUACAAUAAACAGAAGACCUGUGAACAGGAAGCAGUUAAAUAAAAGGCAUUUAAAGUUACCCCAAUACUACAAAAGAUAACAUGGCAAGUUUUAGACUUGCUAAACAGGCAUAAAUCAGUACCUUUUGUGCCCAUGUUGGAGGAGCUUUCCACCCUGCAUCUUUGUGUCAUCUGUUUGGGAGCCAUUAUAAACUGCUUUUGGAAUCAUGCCAGAUGCCAGUUACAACAUAAAGGAGAGCAAAUGAUUUUAAACUGUCUCUACCUUUCAGUAGCCAGUAGCACAUUGUGAUUGAUCUAUCUGCCAGUAAAGUGACAGUACUUAAAAUCCAUCAUUCUGUUUACUGGGUUUUUGCCAUAAUAAUGUACACACAAGGAACUUCAAUGUGAAAGAUAAGUUUGAAUAUAUAAAUCCCUUUUAACUACCACUUUCCCAAGCAACGCUACCUAUGUCGGAAAGUCUGAAGUAUCCAGGGAACAUAUGUGCACUGUUCAUUGUUUUGUUUUGGGUUGGGAUUUUUUUGGUAUGUCAUAUUAAUGCUUGAAAGGAGAGUGCUAUGAAGAAUUUUAAACUGUCAUUGCACACAUGCUUUUGUGUGAUUUUUUUUUUUCUUCUUCUUCUUUUUACUAGUAGUGGAGUGAAGUGACAGGAAAGAUAAUGGUAUUACAAGUCAUGAUUUCAUGUUUACAAACAAUAAAUAAUCCUUCUCCUAUUUUCCUAAAAUCCAUAGAAGAUUUAUUGAGUGCACUGACCAGUAGUUACAACUCUCAUUAUACCUUCAAAAGUGAAAUUCAGAGAAGUGCAAAUGUUUGAUUUUUCUGAUACUCAAAUACUCUUAAAACUUUUGCUUGUUUUAUCAGGUUAAUCCACCCCAGUGGAUAUAAAUAAUUUUCUUUUAGGUGUAUUUUUCUUGUCUUCACCUUAUUGCAGUGAAGACAUCUUUCUCCAUUUUGGUGUAUUCUGAUUUCUAAACUGAAAUGAAAUCCCUUGGUAGGGAAAUAUCAGUUCUGUUAGUUUGGUCUAAUCCAUAAAUUGAAAUCUUGGGUUUAGAAAAACAGCUGUCAUGGAGACCUGCAUGCAGUGGCAGUUUAAAGGUUACUACUAAUACUGUUUACCAGCUAAAGCACUGUAUUGAGAUUAGAACAGUUUAUGCCUCACUGGAAACCAUCAUUGACUUCAAAACUGUAUUUCCAUGCUGUUUCCUGCUUAGUGAGAUCAAAGUAUUUUAUCUAUUCAUAUAUCAGGUUUCUAGUAGCUGUGCACCUCACUCAGACAAGAAGUUUGUGCACAUAAAGUUCAGUUAACAAAUACACUGCAAGAUCAUUUUAUUCUGUGGUCUGGUAAUCAGCAAUUCAAAGUCCUUUAAAGAGACAGAAGCUGGUUUGAGCAGGUAAAAUCUUGUUUAAAGUUUCCCUAAAUUUUUAUGCAAUUGGGAGAGGCAGGAGAUUGAAGGCAAAGGAAGAGAUGUUCUUCUUUUUCUGUACAUUUGCACUUAUUAUUUUAGCAAAUGGGCUCCCACUAAUGAGUGUCAUCAUCUUUCAUUUCAUAAUUUACUAUGCAGUUUGGUUCACUGUGAGUAUAAUCUGUAUUUAGUGAGCGCAAAAUGCUUAAGCCACUGAGAAUUCCAUCCAAGAUGACCAGAAGAACUUAUUUGAAUAAUGCAUAUAUUGGUAUUCUUAACUGCAGAAUUGUACAUUUGAAACUUGUAUAAUGUUCCUGUGCUUUUGAAAUAAAAUAUCUUGUAUAUGUAUAUUUAAAAAAGGGAAUAAAGUAACUUCUUGUACACUG